AUAAUUAUAUAUUGUAUUUAUAAUUUAGAUUAAUGACAAUAUGAAGUCUACAUCAGAUAUAAAAAUUUUACAAUGGAAUAUUCGUAGUGUUAAUUCAAAUCGUGCUAAUUUAAUCUUAUUAGCAAAUGAAGAGUCUCCAGAUAUAAUUUUUCUAAAUGAAACAUGGCUAAAAUCCAAUCAAAAUUUUGUUUUAUCAUCAUAUAAUAUAAUUCGUCAGGAUAGGGAAGAUGGAUAUGGUGGAGUGGCAAUUUGCGUCAAAAAGAAUAUUAUUUUUUCUAAUUUAAAAAAAUUUAAUUCAGAAGUUGCUCAAUUUAUUAUUAUUAAAAUUGCUGAUUUAAUAUUAAUUAAUAUUUAUAUUAAUUCAGAUAAAAAUGUUUCGGAAGAUCUGUUUAAACAACUUUUAGAUGGUUUAGAUUUAAAUAAAAUUAUUAUUAUGGGAGAUUUUAAUUCCCAUCAUCCAUUAUGGGAUGAAUCUCCUAUUAAUAGGGGCGGAAUAAGGCUUGUAAAUUUUAUUAUAGAAAAUGAUAUGGUGAUUUUAAAUGAUGGUUCUAGAACUCUUGUGCAAAAUCCGAAUUCCAGUUUGAGUGCAGUUGAUUUAACAAUUGUCAGUAGCGCAUUAGCUAUAAAUUCUAACUGGAAAGUUAUUAGUGAUUGUGGAAAUAGCGAUCAUUAUCCUACAAUUUUACAAUUAAAUUUAUCAAACAAUUUAUAUUUAAAAAAAGCUUUUGUAAAUAGUUAUUGUGUACGAAAUUGUAGUAAAGCUGAUUGGCAUCUUUAUCAACAUAAAAUAGCUGUGCAGUUAAUCGAGAAAGAUAGUACUAUUUUAGAUUAUAAUGAUUUGUCUUUUAUUAUGAAUAGAGCUGCUGAUGAUGCCAUUCCUUUGAAAAAAUGUGGUUCUUAUCAUAAAAUUGGAAACCCAUGGUGGGAUGAAGAAUGUUUUCAGUGGGUUCAAGACAGAAAAAGAGCAAUUAAUGUUUUCAAUAAUGUUCCAACUUUGACUAAUUUUAUCAAUGCUAAAAGAUGUAUUGCAGUUACGAGAAAAAAAUUAAGAUCAAAGAAAAAACAAAAAUUUCAAUCUUUUUGUGAAACAUUAAAUAGGGAAUCUAGCAUUUCAUACGUUUGGGAAAAAAUUAAAAAAUUUUCUAAUAAUAACAGCAAUUCUAAUAGUUAUAACAUUUCAGAUGAUUUAAAACAACAAAUUUUAUAUAAUAUGUCUAGUAUAUACAUAGAUCCGAAUUUUACACUGUCGCCAACAUAUAUAAAUAGUAACAUUCCUCCAUUCACUAGUCAGGAAUUUAACUAUGCUGUUCAGGAUAAAAAAUUUUCUGCACCUGGCAUGGAUGAUAUUUCUUAUUCCAUGUAUAAAAAUUUACCAUUGAUUGCUAAAAAUUAUCUUCUUAAAAUAUAUAACAAAUGUUUAUUUGAAGGUGUGUUACCGGAUUCGUGGAAGAAAUAUAAUAUUAUUAAUAUCUUAAAACAAAACAAAAAUCCUACUUUGCCAGAGAGUUAUAGACCUAUUGUAUUAUCUUCAUGUGGUGGCAAAAUUUUAGAAAUUAUGAUUAAAAAUCGUUUAGAUUGGUUUUUGGAGAAUAAAAUUGUGUUUACAAAUGAACAGUUUCCGAAUGCAGUCUGUUUGUGUGCCUUUGUGUGUGAUAUAAUCUUCCUUUCAGCACGUCAUUUAUAUAUUUAAUAAAUAAUAAUAAUAACAUUUUACAGUCACAGGUCACAGGUUACCUUCAUAGAAGUUAGUUAUAUUAAAAUUUACCCAUUAUACAUUUUACUCAGAUAAGAAUCAGUGGCCUUGAUAUGGUUUAGAGCCAGUCAACAUCUUGGUCACUCCCAAAUUGUGCUGGCGGUUGCCUUGUAGCAGAGCCAUCAUAAAAAAAGAAGAAGAAGAAGUAAACAAAAUAUUUCAUUAUGAAAUGAAUCGUUAUUCCUUAAAUGAUAAUUAUUUGAAAAGAAAAGAGAGUUAAAGGACCUUUAGGGUACAUUUGCACACUGUGACAAACCGUAAAUUAUAAAUGUAAAUGUGAAAAAUAAAUCACAU